AUGCGGAGGCGAAACGCGAUAUCACCGACGCCGAUGUCGCCGGUGCCAUCGCGUACGCGGGUAAGAUGGCCGCCGGGGCAGCAGGACAAGUCGGCAGCCUUCAGAACAGCUCCCCUCUCGGUCGACGCAGCGCCGCGGCCCUCGACGAUUUAUCAGAGCUCCUCGAUUCCGUUUAACGACCUGACACAGCGAGACACCGCGGUCGAAAAGUCAGCGCUACCCACCCUGCCGACCGAUACCACGGGGGCGAAACGCGACGGCAGAGGCAGUGUCGCUGGUGUCGUCGAUUCUGUUAGUGAUGAGGUAGAGGCUAUCAAGGGACCGCGAGGGAUGGUUGGCGGGUCUAUCGAGGAAUCUGAGAUAUGUGGCGUCGGUGACGCCGUUGAUGGAGUUGUUGGUGUUGGUGCCGUCGGUGGUGGUGAAGAGCAGGCUUCUCGACGUUUCAUCAAUUCCCUUUAG